GUUCCGUUACAACCAAUGGUCAUAAUAGUAUUUUGGGAAAUUUCUUCUUUUAUCAGAAAACCAGUUAUCGUGGUUUGUAUUCCUUUAGCUGUACCAACCUCAGGUACAACCUAUCCCAAGAACGACGCUAUGGAUACACUAUACAAAUGUUACUUCGUCACAGUUUUCUUUCAACUAGCAUAUAGCCAAGUUUUCGACACCGAACUUCUAGCUAGAUCUACUGUCGCAAAGUCAAGGGCUAACAAUGUAAAUUAUCGCCUUCCAUCGAGUAUAAUACCUCUAAAAUAUGAUAUCACACUCGAACCGAACUUUAAUACGGAUACUUUUUCUGGAAUGAGUUCCAUAGAAAUAAAUGCCGUUGAAGAAGCGAAUACCAUAACUUUGCACGCAUACCAAUUAACAAUAAAUGAGUCGUUAAUUGAAGUAUUGGAUGCAAAUGGAAACAGUACGAAGGUUACUGGAGUAACUGAGUCAGAUAUCGCAGACCAACAAUUUUACAUCAUUAACCUCGAGUCUGCAUUACAACCGAACCAAAAUUAUACAUUAGUAUUUGGUGGAUUCACUGGUAUACUUAACAACGACUUAGAUGGAUUCUAUCUAGCAAAAUACAACGAUGUAAAUGGCAACGAGAGGAAAUUGGCUAUAACACAAUUUGAACCAACUGGUGCUAGAAGAGCAUUCCCUUGUUUUGACGAGCCACACUUAAAAGCAACCUUUCAACUAAGACUUGUGCGACCAAUCAACUACACUAGUGAAGCAAAUACGCCUUUAGAGAUUUCAGCGAGAAUCGCUGAAGACAAGUUUUUGGACGAGUUUCAGGAAACAUUACCUAUGUCUUCUUAUUUAGUUGCAUUUAUAAUUUCGGAUUUAAACUACACAAAAAAAUUGCACAGGCAAAGAAUUUUGGCAAGGCCGAAAGAAAUUGAAGACGGUAGAGCUGAUUUUCCGCUAGAUCAAGCAAAUCAGGUUUUAAGAGCGCUUGAAAACUUUACUGGCAUAGCAUUCGCUUUACCGAAAAUGGACGAAGUUGCUGUACCAGAAGGUUACUUUUCCGCCGGUGCUAUGGAAAACUGGGGUUUAGUGACAUACAGAGAACUGUCCCUGCUUUAUUACAAUGAAUCCACUACAGAAACACGUUUAGAAUCAAUAACCAGUAUUAUCAGUCAUGAAUAUGGACACCAGUGGUUUGGAGAUUUAGUUAGCCCCCUUUGGUGGAAGUACAUCUGGCUAAAUGAAGGAUUUGCAACCUAUUUCGAAUUCUAUAUAACUGGAGUUGUUCACGAAGAUUGGGAAAUGAUGGACCAAUUUGUAAUAAGGAAUGUCCACUCUGCUAUGUCAAGUGAUCAAACAUUAUCCACAAGAAUUAUGAAUCAGGAUGCUGGUUCGCCUUCCGAAAUUAGUUCACUUUUCGAUGUCAUCGCUUACAACAAAGCCGGUGCUGUAAUUCGAACAAUGGAAACAUUCCUAUCCACACCAGUAUUCAAGAGCGGAUUGAAUAAAUACCUUACAAAAAAGAGAUACUCUGCAGCCCAACCAUCAGAUCUAUACUCUGCUUUGCAGGAAGCAGCUGACGAGGCUGGUCUAAAUCUUAAUGUUUCCAAAAUUAUGACCACAUGGGAUUCAACUCCUGGAGUUCCGCUUGUGACUGUGACGAGGAAUUACGAUAGUGGAAGUGUUACAUUCACACAAAACCGGUUUAUAGCAACCAAUCCUAAUUACACAUCUGAUGAACUUUGGUACAUUCCAAUCACUUACUCAACCAAAUCAAAGGCUGAUUUUAAUGACCUAACAACAGACAUUUGGCUAACAACCGCAACAGCAAGUGAGAAUUUGGGAUUGUCAGCUUCUGAUUGGUUAUUGGUGAAUAAGAAACAAAGAGGCUAUUACAGAGUAAAUUACGACGAAAGCAACUGGAAACUCAUCAUAGAUUAUUUGAACAGAGAUAAUUUUGAAAAUAUUCCCAUUACAAAUAGAGCACAGCUUAUUGAUGACGCACUUACUUUGGCAAGGUCUGGCAGAGUUAAUUAUCGUACCGUAUUUGAACUACUUAAUUACUUAUCCAGGGAAACUCAUUAUGUACCUUUAUAUGCUUUAUUUAACAACUUUGAUUACUUACGGCGAUUGGUACAACACAGUACUAUCUCACAAAUGUUUCAGGACCAUUUCGUUACCCUCUUGGAGAAUGUAUACAAUAAACUAAAAGUGGAGGAAUCCGCAAAUGAUUCACAUUGCGAUAAACGCAACAGACCAAAUGUGAUUAAUAGCAUUUGCUUGUUGGGUUCGGCAGCCUGUAGAAAUGAUACUCUUACUCUCCUGAGACGCUGGAGAAGCACAGGCACUAAUUUGUUGCCAGUAACAGCGGAACAGCAAAUUCUUUGCGGUGCAUUGAGAAACGGCUUUGAAGAUGACUGGAACUUUGUUUACAAUCAAUUUCUUAGUUCUCAAGAUAGUACCAGAAGAACAAGAUACAUUGCCGCUUUAGCUUGCAGUGAAAACCCUGAUUUGAUUACCAGAUUUUUAAAUCAGGCUUUAAAUGACGGUUCGCCAUUAGCAGUAUAUCGUGCACGUAUAUUAACGGACGUUUAUUCAUCUGGGAAUGUUGGACUCCGUACCCUUCUGGAUUAUAUUAAAAGCAAUCUAACACAAAUUGCAGAGGCGCGUAUUUCUGUAAGUGCUCUUCUUGCUGCAGUGGCUAAUUAUCUUAAUACUGAGGAGCAAAUUAAGGAGUUACAAGACUUAAAAACUGCGUAUCCUGCCUAUGGAACAGCAAUAGAUAAUGCAAUUUCUCGGGUUGAAAGUAAUGUAAGGACCGCUAACCUCUACCUACCAGCAAUUGAAUCAUUCUACAUAGGAAGUGAUUCUAGCUCCGCACUAAUUACUAGCGGAAGACCACAGGCAUUUAUAUGCAUUGCAAUUUCUUUUAUUUUAGCAAUGCUUGCCUUGUGAAAUGUGUACUAUAAAUAAAUUAAUGUAACCUUCUUGUAGUACCUUAAAUGUGAAUAAAAAUUUUUCAAAAAAGA